AGCCAUAAGCUUCAACUAAUCACAUUAUUAUUGGACCCAUAUAUAUGUAUAUAUGUAUAUUGCUUGAAUCUAUCUUGCUUCACAGUUCUCUUCUCCACCAUGAAAUUUCAUGCCAUUGAUCUCCCUAAUGGAAAAUACACACAACCCAACAACCCCCACAAAAAUCUUUUUCUACUUGCCCUUACUUUAGUUUUGCUGAUUACAAUCCCUCUCUGUCUAAACAACAUCUCAAAUUCCCCAUUGCCGUCUCCUAAGAGCAAUGCCGGCAGUUCGAAAAGCAUGGAAAAAGAAGAUCAAUGCCAGAUAUUUAGUGGGAACUGGGUUCCAUAUCCUGAUGGACCUGCAUAUUACACAAAUGAAACUUGCAAUCUGAUCAUUGAUCAGCAAAACUGCAUGAAGUUUGGGAGACCUGAUACGGAGUUCAUGAAAUGGAGGUGGAAGCCUGAUGCUUGUGAGUUGCCCUUGUUUGAUGCAGCUCAGUUCUUGGAGCUUGUUAGAGGCAAGUCAUUGGCUUUCCUUGGUGACUCCGUGGGAAGAAAUCAAAUGCAGUCAUUGCUUUGCCUAUUAGCCACUGUGACUUAUCCUGAGGACAUUUCUCACAAAUAUUCUUCAAACACAGAUUACUUCAAGCGCUAUGUCUACAAUGAUCACAAUUUCACCAUAGCAAAUCUCUGGUCUCCCUACUUUGUUAAAUCUAGAGAUGUAGAUCCCAGUGGACAUGACUUUAACAGCCUCAUGAGCCUGUACUUAGAUGAGCCGGACGAGGCAUGGCUAACUCAGGUCGAACAAUUCGACUAUGUGAUCGUCUCAGCAGGACAAUGGUUCUUCCGGCCACUGAUAUACCAUGAAAAUGGUCGCGUUAUCGGGUGUCACAAGUGCGGCCAAGACAACAUGACGUCAUUUGUCACCUCCUACGGAUACGGAAAGGCCUUUCGAACGGUGUUUAGAACUCUUCGGAGCCUUAAAAACUACAAGGGGGUGACAUUUCUGAGGACGUUUUCUCCAUCACACUUUGAAAAUGGGGCAUGGAAUGAGGGAGGGAACUGUGUGAGGACAAAGCCUUUUACCAAAGAAGAAACGAAGCUAGAUGAGUAUGUUUUGGAAAUGACUCAAGUGGAGGAGCUAAAAGCAGCAGAAGAGCAAGGCCUGCAGAGAGGCGUGCAGUUUAGGUUGAUGGACACAACAGAAGCUAUGUUGCUGAGGCCUGAUGGACACCCAAACUUCUAUGGACACUCACCUCAUAGGAACAUGACUCUUGCCGACUGUGUUCACUGGUGCUUGCCAGGCCCCGUUGAUACGUGGAAUGAGAUCCUGCUGUAUAUGUUGAAGACAGGGUACAGGCCACCUUGAUGAGAAGAAGCUAUGGAGAAAUGCUUGAUCAAGCAAACGUCAUAUACAUUAUACACACAUUAUAAAUUUUUAUUAUUUGCAUCAUACCAAAAAA